UGUGUUGAUUAAAUUAAGAAAGUCGCAAUAUUUGUGCUUGUUUUUAUUUGGGAUAAACAGAAAGGUCACUGUCUAUAGUCUAUCACAACGAACUGGAGUUCAUCAAUAAGGAGUUACGUGUCAGCAGACACGUUGAAUUAUUUCAACACUUUUAAAUAAAAUAAUUUAAAGUUUUUACUGUUUUGUGAAAGUGAAAAUGGAUGCAUCCAUCGACGAUUAUACAUUCGAAAGUACACUCGGCAAGGGAACGUUUGGAACUGUGUACUUAGUGAGAAGAAAGAAAGAUUUAAAGCUGUUUGUUAUAAAAAUACAAGAUUUAAAUGCGACAAGCUAUUCGCCCUCCAAGAGAGCGUUAGGAGAGAUACAAUGCCUGAAAAAAUUGAGACAUCCAAAUAUAGUAUUUUAUUAUGGAGCUUGGGAGAAAGAUAAUCACAGCUAUAUUCUUAUGGAAUAUGCAACUCGAUGUACUCUCAAAGAUUUGCUGGAAAAACGAAACAUACCACUUAAAGAGGAGGAUGCACUAUACUUAUUUUCGCAAGUUACUUUGGGAGUACAUCAUAUUCACACAAACAAAAUUCUUCAUCGAGAUCUAAAACCGGAAAAUAUCAUGUUGACUGGUAGCCGCGGAGAUAUCGUUAAAAUCGGUGACUUUGGUCUCGCAAAAAGUAUUCAAGAGUAUGCAUUGAUAAGUAAACUUUACAAUAAAAAAAAAGAUUCUAUAAGUUGUCACGCAGGAUCUUAUUAUUAUAUGGCUCCAGAAAUGCUCACUGCACAACCGUACGAGUUUAAGUGUGACAUAUGGAGCAUGGGCGUUAUACUAUACGAAAUGAUUACGAAAAGACUUCCAUUUCCAGCUACGAGUCUAGAGGAAAUUACGAAAUUAGUAUACAACAGUCCACCACGGCCUUUACCACCACAAACAUCGGCAAUCCUCGUUAAUCUCAUAUCGAAAAUGUUGAGGAAACAAAGUGCGUGUCGACCCAGCACUGAUCAGCUCGUACUUUGCCCUUUUCUUGUCCCUUACAUCAUUCGAGUACAUUUAAAUCUCGGACGUAAUAUUAAUGUCGCCGAACGAGAAUCUGAAAACUUUGGGCCGCAUCUUUUUUUAAAAUUUCUAAAUUCACCAAAACAACACUGAUGGAUAAAUAUCUUUAGAUAGAUAAAUUAAAGAA